UAAUUAUGUAUAAAGAUGCAAAAGAAAAUAAAGGCGCUUUAGAAACAUUGCUAACUGAACCAGAUAACAAUGAAGAAAUUUUUAAAGUGUUAACAAAUUUAAAUAAUAUACAAAUAUAUAAUGUAACAUUUGCAACUCCAGUUUCAGUCCCUUUAAUGCAAAAAAUAAUUAAAAUAUGCUUAAAUUAUAAAAUUGAUCUUAUUCUUAUUAUUGGUGAUAUUGAAUUUACUGAUCGAGAUCUUGUUAAUGAAGUGGUUGAAGUUGUGACCGAUUGCAAAAAUCUUUCUGGAAAUGUGGUUAAUGGCAUAAAAAAGAUAUCAAAAAUAUUAGAGGAUGUCUCAGGUUAUGAAGCUAAAUGUGGAAUGCGAAAUGAGACGCUGAUCAUUAAUUUGUCUGGCCCACAUAGAAAUAAAAAACAAUGUUUAAAAGCAAUUUUAGAAAAUCUAAUAAUUUUAAUGCUUUCGAUACAUGAUAUGAAGAAUUCAAUCGUUCGGAAAAAUGACACUUCAUCAGAAAAUAAGGAAAAUACAAAACCAAAGGAACUUGAGGGAUCCUCCUCGACGUCUGAAGAAGAAUUAUUUGAAGAAGACGACGAUAAUUCAAACAAUGAUAAUAUGGUGUUUCCUAUAAUUUCUUUACAUAUCGCAAUGUCGCUAUUGCAAGAGAUAACAAAAAAAGGUUCCAAAGAAAGAGAACCUGAAAUAAUAAAAGUAACUAAUGCUUGUGGCAGAAUAUUGUUCGAAGACAUAGACUCAAAUCUCAAUGUACCAUCAUGUAGAACUUCUACCAAACACGGAUACGCGGUGAUAGCAGCUGAAGGGGAAGGUUUAAGAAAGGUGUUGAAUGAUGUAAAAGAUACGCUUUCCGUAAUUUCGCUUGAACCUGGAACCUGCAUUUGGGUCAACAGUGGAGCACCUAUUCCCAAUAAAGCAACAGCGAUUAUACCAGAACAGUAUACAAACCCAGUAGAAAAAUUGGGAGACAAGGAAAAUACGUAUAUUGAGAUAAAAAUUAAGCCACAACACGGACAAAACAUUAAACCAAUUGGUUACGACAUAAGGAGAGGAAAUACUGUUAUAAAUAAAUAUACUCUUAUUGGCCCAGAGGAGAUAGGGAUUCUGACAUCUAUAGGUCGCAGAAGUGUUGUAGUUUCUUCACGUUUGUCUAUAGGUAUAUUGUCUAUCGGAAAUAAUUUAGAAGAACCAGGAAAUCCUUUAAAACCAGGAUAUGUCUACGAUAUUAACAGAAUAACUUUAAUUUCUCUACUAAAACGUAAUUAUUUACGUCCUAUAGAUUUUGGAAUUGUGGAUAACAAAUUUUUAUCUAUAAGAAAUAAAAUUGAAAAAGCCUUAAAAACAGUUGAGGUUAUUGUGACAAUAGGUUCUGCUAGCGAUAAAGAUUUAUUAAAGAAAAUUUUGAUAAAAGAUUUUAAUGCCACGAUACAUUUCGGUAAUGUAAAUAUGAAACCUGGCAAAUCGACAACAUUAGCAACUUGCAAGAUCAAUGGCAAGACGCAGUAUUUCUUCUGUUUGCCGGGAAACCCGACGUCUGCUUUCAUCGCCGCGCAUAUGUUCCUCCUACCAUUUCUGAAUAGGCUGUGUUCCUUGACAAUAGAUGCCGCAAUAAUACCAGCUCAGGUAGAUGUUCCGUACAUGUUGCAUUCUCGGCCUAGACUCUCAUGGGUAUCUUUAAAAUGGUCGAAUACAGGAACUGUCGCACACUCUAUCAGUUCAGGUAACCUUAUCGCUGAUAAGCUGAAUAAUAUCGUAGGCUCAAACGCACUUGUAUUAUUGCCGGAAAAGACAGAGGAGCAACACGUACUGACCAAACAGACUUUACCAAUUUUAAUGAUUAACAAUCCCACAAGGACUUUUGGGAACUUAUCCAGUAUAACUUUUCCAAUAUAACUUUUUCAUAAUAUUUAUACCGGAAAUUCGUAUGCGUAUAUCCCACAAAUAAAAAAAUUUUGAUACAUUAUUGUUAAAAUAUAUGAACAGAUUGAAUAAGCUUUCUUAGCUAAAUUAAUGAGCUAUCAAUUUUUUCAAAUGUCUACUAUACAAUUUAAUUUUAUAACUUCAUU